UUUCUAUUUCCCCGCAAGUUGAUGGAUCUUCCUUCUUUCAUUUAUUGCCUGCCGGGUCUCAUUUUUGCUCCUCUACCGCCGUCCCGGGGCUGGGUCUUCUAGCCUAUCUCUUCUCUCUCUCUUUCUUUUAUUUCUUCUCCUCUUCCUUCUCCUGCUGCCUUCAACCUCCUCGCCUUCUUCUCCGCUCACCGCCCGCAAUGCCCUUGGCGAAUGCAUAUGACGUCUCUGUUGUUGGAUGGCAGCACUCGAAGAACUUCCGUGGAUAGAUUCCAUGGCCCCGUCAUCCUCUUCUACGCAGGACCAUGCUGAUCCUCAGCCUCCGACGGUCGCUGCUUUCUCUCCUACUACCAUCUCAGGUUCUUCCUUAACCUCGAGACAACGCUCCAGCAUAAUCGUACACCGCAAAUCUCCUCUUCUAGUAGCCACUCCGCCCCAGAUAACCCGCGCCUUGGCUUAUUCACAUCCUUUCAUUUUACCGUCAAAUAAACUUGUGGGCUUGCUCACAUGGACAACCGGGGACGGAUGGCAGAGCUUCCUACUCGUGGCCGUAUUCUGGACGCUAGUCCUGUAUGGCGAGGCCAUCAUUCUAUGGGCAGGCCCCAUCCUGCUGGUGAUUGGGCUCAUUCUGGGCAUGUACUGGAGACGAUACUCGCCCCUGUCCUCCAGAGCCCACAUGGGUGAGAAACAAAGCCAUCAAAGAGUCAUGUCCGACAGCUCCCCGCAUGGCAACGAGACGCUUGAUGAGAUCGUCGAAACACUUAGGACAUUUACCACUCGUUGCAAUAUACUGUUGGAACCCCUCGUGGAAUUGACCGAGUUCCUGUCCACGCAAAGGACGGCUACGUCUGCUACUACCCGGCCAGCUCUCACUACUCUUUUCUUCCGGAUCCUAUUUGUGACGCCUAUCUGGAUUGCUCUGACCCUCCCGCCAUUGUAUCUGAUCACCACUCGUCGCGUGGUUAUGAUUUUUGGCACUAUCAUCCUUACUUAUCAUUCCCGUCCGGCAAGAGUCUGCCGAGUCAUUCUAUGGCGAUCAUUGACCAUUCGUAGAAUCUGUUCGAUGCUUACUGGGUUAUCCUUUUCAACCGAUGUGGCAAAGACCCUAUCGGCCGUGAUGCAAAGUCACGGCCAUGCGGUGAAUAUCGCCACCAGACGCCGCGGUGACUCAUCAGGCGUUCGCUUCACUUUUAUCAUAUAUGAGAACCAGCGUCGCUGGUUGGGUAUUGGCUGGACGUACUCCCUUUUCCCUUCCGAACGAGCUGCGUGGACUGACGAGCACCUGAACCCCGUGCCUUCAAAGGACGAGUUCGAGCUGCCCGGCGUCCAAAAUGGGAAUGCUCAGUGGCGGUGGGUUGAAGGCAGUGAGUGGCACAUUGAAGGGGCCGAUGACCAAAUCGGACACUCGGAUGCCAAAUCAUCUGACGGCGGAGGGUGGAUUUACUACGACAAUAAGUGGAAUGAGGGUCGCCGUGGCCAGGACGGCUGGGACCGGUAUACACGUCGUCGCAAAUGGUGCCGUGACGCCGAACUUGUCGAGGUAUCCUCUACAGCGGCAGAGGGCACAUCUACGGCAGUGACAUCUAGUCUGUCCCAAGCUUUGGAUGAAGAGAAACGAAAAAGCAGGGUAGCGGCCCCCGUGGAUGCACCAUCGGCGGAUAACAGCGGCGGAGGCGAUACCGAUAGCUUGGCCCCCUCGACCUCCUCCAAAUCACGGAGACGCCAUUGGUUCGGGAGCACGAAGAGUGUAAGCGACAUCAAGAACAGCAGCCUCUCCUCUGCUCAACCAACAUCCACCAAUAACUCCUCCGUUGAUCUUGGAAGAAUAACGUCUGCCAAUAGUACCAAUCCACCAUCCGGGAGAGUCCCCUCCAGGCCGAUUAAUAUCUCUCAUUCUCGAAAAAUGUCCAACUAUUCCGGCACCGCCAGUCACAGCAGCAGUCAAGUAGAUGGCAGCCUUCGGGAAAAGGAACUCAUUCGGGCGCAAGACCAGCUGGAUCGUUGGGCUGCCCGAGCGGCAGGAGGAACAGAAAGGGCGGAGCGAGAAUUGGGUUUGGGAGAUGAGGUAAACAUGGGACUAAGUUGAACUUUUUCUUUUCUUUUUUUGCACUUCUCAGUUCACAAAGCAUCGUGAGCCGACCUUUCAGAUUGAUUUUCGUGCGGGACGUCUGGCUUUUUAUGGCGCCAUUUAGUUGUGUUGGGCCUCUUUGGAGCAUCAGCCAUCUUUGUCCUUUAUCUAUGCCACGACGACAUGAAGAUACCCUUAAAAUUCCAGCAAUAAAUGAUAUUCGCAGCUGGUAUUCGCACAGUCGACGCG